AUGCCGGGCGCGGAGUUCGUGGACGUGGGCGUGAACGCGCUGGAUUCGAUGUUCGAUGGGGUGUAUCGAGGUAAACGCGCGCACGAGGGUGACAUCGCGCGCGUGCUGCGACGGGCGCGUUCGAGCGGGGUGCGAUCGAUCGUCGUCACCGCAGGGACGCUGGAGGAGUCGCGGGCGGCGGUGGCGCUCGCGCGGGGACGAGAAAAGGAGGGAGGGGACGAACCGAGGGUGUUCGCGACGUGCGGGACGCACCCGACGCGAUGCGGAGAGUUUUUGCGUCACGAAGACGGCGGUGCGGAUGGAUACAUGCGGGCGCUGAUGACGAUCGCGAUGGAUGGAAAGCGCACGGGGGACGUGGUGGCGAUCGGAGAGCUCGGUUUGGAUUACGAUCGGUUGGAAUUUUGCGACGCGGAGACGCAGCGGAUGUUUUUUGAGAAGCAAUUCGCCCUGAGCGAGGCCACGGGAUUGCCCUUGUUCUUACACAUGCGCGCGGCGUGCGACGAUUUCAUGACGAUCGUCGAACGGAAUCGUCACAGAUUCACCGCGGGCGUCGUGCACUCGUUCACCGGAACCGCCGAGGAGGCGCGACGCGUCCUGGCGUGCGACGGCUUGUACAUCGGCCUCAACGGAUGCUCGCUCAAGACGGAGGAAAACUUAGAGGUCGUCCGAACGAUUCCACUCGAUCGCGUCGUCAUCGAGACGGACGCCCCGUGGUGCGGGAUCAAGCCGACGCACGCCGGGCACGCGUUUACGACGCCGCUCGCCGAAUGGUCGCCUCCGACGAAGAAGGAAAAAUACAAUCCCGAUCGUUUCGUCAAGGACCGCUGCGAACCGGCGCAGAUCGUGUACGUGGCGCAAAUCAUCGCCCGCGUCACCUCCCGCACCGUCGAGGACGUCGCGCGCGUCACGAGCGCGAACGCCGCGCGCGUCUUCGGCGUCUGA